UUGGGUUUGGGCUGGAGUUGGCACCAGCAGRGAGAGCGCGAGCCUCAUGUGCCGCUUUCCGUCACCUCCCAGGAAGCGCCACGACUCCGUGGACGAGUCGCCGCCGAGGCGGCCGCGCCACGACUCCCCCGAGCCGUCCCCGGCGCGGCAGGGCCAGCGCCACGACUCGCCCGACUUGUCCCCGCCACGGAGGGCACGGCACGACUCUCCGGAGCCGUCCCCUCCGCGCCGGCAGCGCCACGACUCGCCCGACCUGUCUCCCCCUCGAAGGAAACGACACGACUCUCCGGAGCCGUGUCCCGUGCAGCGCCAGCACCACGAUUCCCCCGACCUGUCUCCACCUAGAAGGAAGCGCCACGAUUCCCCCGACCUGUCUCCACCACGGAGGCCACGGCACGACUCUCCGGAGGCGGCUCCUCCCCGGCGGCAGCGCCACGACUCCCCUGACUUAUCCCCGCCGCGGCGGCCGCGCCACGACUGCCCUGAGCUCUCUCCCAGGAGAGGCAGUUCAGCGGCGGGCAGAAGGGCCGGCCGGCCCGCGGACGAGUCGCUGCCAGGCCGGGGCCGGGGGGAGGCAGCUCCCGGCAAGGCCGGCGUCGCUGACAAGGCCCCGUCGCGUCACAGGCGGGAGGCCACUCCUGACCUGUCCCCUCCUCGGAGAAGCAGACACGAUUCUGAGCUCGAGCUGUCGCYGCCGCGGAAGAGGAGGCCGGGCAGGAGCAGAGGCGCCUCUCCAGGCCCCGGGCAGCUCGGGCAGGUUCCGUCGCCGCCGCGGCGCGCCAGACACGGCUCGGGCUCCUCGUCUCCGCGCCGCAGUUCCCGCAACGCCUCCGACUCGGACGCCUCUCCGCAGCGGGGCAGUCGCAGGCAGCGUCCGUCACAUCGCAGCUCCCCGGGGCGCGGGGCUCCCGGCACGAGCCGCAGCAGCGCUGCCCACUCCGACACGUCGCCGCCGAGCGCGAAGGAGCCGCGCGGCCCGCGGAGUCCUCCUCGGCCCUCGCCGCCUCGCCACCGCGGCACCGAGGGCUCCGCCAACAAGGCAAACGCGAUGGCAUCGGGGGUGAAGUCGGGCCUGGUGCCRGCAGACGUGCUGCGCAGGGAGCAGCAGGAGCUCAGGAGACACGAGAAGAGCAACAAGCCCUUGGAAGAGGAAUCCCAGCACUCCGAGACCGUCUUCCGGGACAAGUCUGGCCGCAAGAGGGACCUCGUGCAGGAGCGGCUGGAGCAGAGGCUGCGCGAUGAAGCGAAAGCCGAGAGGGACGAGCAGUAUGCCCGCUGGGGCAGAGGGUUGGCUCAGGGGCGGCAGCAGCAGCAGAAYGUGGAAGACGCCCUCAAGGAGAUGGAGAAGCCCUUGGCGCGCUACAUUGACGACGAGGACCUGGACCGCAUGCUGCGGGAGCGGGAGAGAGAAGGGGACCCCAUGGCGGAGUUCAUCAAGAAGAGGAAGGCUGAGGAGAGCAAGGACAAGAAAGAGAAACCUCGGUACAAGGGACCACCGCCUCCGCUCAACAGGUUCAACAUCUGGCCUGGCCAUCGCUGGGAUGGGGUGGACAGGUCCAACGGGUUCGAGCAGCAGCGCUUCGCGCGCAUCGCCGACAAGCGGGCGCUUCAGGAGGUGGCCUACAAGUGGAGCGUGGAGGACAUGUAGCGAGAUGGGGACGGCGCC